AUGCCUCGUGGGCACAAGCAUAAGCGCCAGGUCUCUGGGAAACGCCGCCAGGCUGGAGAGGAGGCCCCCACAUCGGAGGGCCCCACAGAGGUCCCCAGCGAGAUCAUGGCUCAGGCUACUGCUGCGAUGGCAGCGGCAGCCUCAGUGGAGGCAGUGGUGGCACUAGACACCGCGGUGGCAGCGACCACCGAAGGAAAUGUCAAAGCAGCGGCAGCAGAAGCAAAAGCAGAAGUGGCAGUGGCGGCGGCCAUCGUGGCAGCGGCGGCAGCAGUGGCCGCCGCAGAGGUGGCAGAAACAGCGACCAUGAUAGCCGGGGAAGGAGGCGCCGAGAAUGUGGAAGCAAAGCCCCGUUCUGCGAAGGCCUCCACGGCUCCUGCCCUGGGCUCUCGACGUGUGAGGGGACCCCGGCGCCGCCGCAACCGUCCAGAGCUGGUAUGUGCCCCCAUGCUAGAGAGCUUCCAGAAUGCUCAGCCCUUUUUCCUGGCAUCCUUUGCCCACGAAGGGCCCAGGAUGGCUUUCCGGAGCCCGGCAGCGGAGAGGUUGGGCAUCUUUGAGCUCCCACGGCACUUAACCCCUGACAUCUUAGCCAGUAAGGCAGGGAUGAUGGAGCAGUUCCUGAUGUACAGAUUCAAAUCGAAGCAACUUAGUUUGAAGAGGGAUAUGCUGGACCUCAUCGGUCUGGAGUACGAGGAGUAUUUCAUGGAUAUCCUGAAGAAAGCGUCAGAGCGCAUUGAGGUGGCGUUCGCGGUCAAUGUCAAGGAAGUGGAUCCGGUCAUUCACGCCUACGAUCUUGUGGGCAAGAUCAAGCUCCCCAACAAUGGGAGGCUGCGUGCUGGCAAGGGACUCCCCAAGACCGGCCUCCUGAUGAAUGUCCUGGGAAUGAUCGUCAUGAAGGGCAACAGUGCCAAGGAGGAAGACAUCUGGAAAUUCCUGAGCAUUAUGAAAGUCUAUCCCGGCAGGAAGCACUCCAUCUUUGGAGAGCCCCGGAAGCUCAUCACAAAAGAUCUGGUGAGGCUUGAGUAUCUGGAGUAUCGCCAGAUAGCCGGCAGUGAUCCUCCCAGCUACGAGUUCCUCUGGGGCCCCAAAGCUCAUGCUGAAACCACCAAAAGGCAAGUCAUAGAUUUUUUGGCCAAGAUAAAUGAAAGAACCACACGCACUUUCCUGACCCAGUAUGAAGAAGCUUUGAAAGAUAAAACAGAAUUCUGA